GCUGUCCGUCUAUCGUUUCUGGUCUGCGAUUGGCUGAGAGUGUCAGGGGGCGGCGUCUUGCGCGUGCGGUCAGUCAAGAGCGCAGGGCGGAUCAACGCGAGGCCGAGACACCGACACACGCGCGAGAAACUCUUGGAAAUCAACGGAAACGAGUCAUGGCGGAUCUGAGCUUGACCGACGCUCUGACCGACAGCGUUCCUCAUCCUGAAGUGGAGAACACGGUGAAGAGGGAUUUUAUGGCCUCGCUGGAGGCCGAGAGCUUCAACGAUCAGGUCAGAGAGACGGUGGACAAGACUAACUUCAUCCCACUGCUGGACAAUGAUGGGAAGGAUCCAGGUACAGUAGUCAAGAAUGGAAAGCAGGAAGUCCAAGGGACUCAAAACCCUGGUUUCUCUCAGCCUAGUGUAAUGUCAGUGGUGAUCACAGGUGAUGCUCCUUUCCAGACAGAAAGACCGUCUGGUGUGGCUGAAGUACAGGAGCCGCCAGCUUCUCAAGCCACCGAAGCCCCCAAAAUACCAUCUGAACCCCAGACAGCCACGACACCCAAGAGCCCACAGGACACAGCCGCAGGUGUCUUUGGUGACCGCUGGUCCGAUGAGGCCGGCAUUUCAUCUGACCUGCCCUUCACGCCCAGCGUUUCCACUGUUAUCAGUCGCCAUGCUGGUCCUCUGGUAGAAAGCCCACAUGACACAGCCAACCCUCAGUGGCCACCGAGAGAUAACUGGGCGGGAGAUGCAGAGGAAAGAGAAGGCGAAGGAUUUGACCAUAAGAAGGAAAAGAAGAAGAAGAAACAGAGACCCAGGGAAGAAGUGUACGACCACACAGAAAUGCAGAGCGAAAGUCUUUUACCCGACAGCCCCAAUCAGCCGUCCCCGUGUAAGGAACGGGACCUAGACAGAGGUUGGGAAGAUGGAAGCCACUUUGGUGGGAGAGUCAAGAAGCCGAAAAGCCGUAAGAAGAUUCCUGAGGAAUGGGCGAUCCAUGCAGAGCCCUUUGUCCCUGCUUCAGCCUGCGUGCCGCAGGAGUUCGCAACUGAUAUUUCCCAGUCACUCCUUGAAGACUACACCGAUGGAAGUCUCAUUCCUCUGUCUCUUACCCAAGAUCUUCUAUCCCUCACGGCCACUUCCCUACCAUCCACAGCACUUCUUGAACCUGCAAUGCCCUCUCCAAAGUAUCCCGGUCGAGCCCCCAAUAUAUCCCAUCAGCAUCCCUUGUCCACGUCAUCCGGAUUCAACGAAAUCAUCAUGGAAACAGAAGAUCCCAUUUCUUGCAGUCUCAGUGACACUCAGCCUUUCAGCUUUCCAUGUGUAACCUUGGAGGAAGCAAUGGUUGGACAAGAUCAGACCUACACCGCUUCCAUGGGCACCCAAGAGUCGCCAUUAAAAGAACCCCAGACGUCCACCCCUGGAAGCAUUUGUUUUUUACCACAGAUGGAAGCACUGAUCACGGCACCCCCGCUUUCUCCCUCUGGACCUUCAUGGUCUAUUAAUAACUACAAUCAACCCUUCGAUCCUGAAGGUGUUGCCUUUGAGACCUCAGCCCCAGUUUCUGAACCUUCGCCAAAGAGCAAAGCCCCAAAGGAACCAAAGUCCAAACAAGGCAAGAAGUCGUCUGGGUCAUCCUCAUCAAAGAGUCCAACCUCCCUUGAAGCAAAGUUGCCAUCUCCCCUGAAUUCUGGUCUAAAUCUGGCUGCUCCGCCCUUCUUCCCUACUUUUGCAGAACCUUGGGAGCCCACCGAAGAAACGCCCUCCACAUUGGAAGGUUUGUUGUGGACCUUUGGGAAGUGGAUCCACGUAAUGCAUGCCACCCCUCCGGGUUGGGACUGGCAGCACGGAGACCUCGGGGCACCGUCGAGUUUCGGAGGUGGCCUUCGGGCAACAGGGAUGAAGGACGAGGACAAGCUGUGCUUCUACGAGUCUCCUUCCGAGCUCAACAUCUCCGGGCGAGGAGCCGUUCCAACAAGCGUGUCUUUCGGCAGCACUGGAGACAGUCCGGAAAGCUUCUCGUCCUCGUCUCCAUCAGCUGUGUCUCCUGGAAGAUUCGCGGCUUGUACUGCGGACAACAAUGACAUGAUGCUUUUGGAAUCACCUGAGGGUCGCAAAGAGAAUCUGUCUCCUCUCGAACCCUCGAAACCAGCUCAGUUCUCCGGAUUGCUUCCGGAACAGAGUCCCAGUACAACGUCGCCCCGAACGCCUCCAAACUACUGCAUCAUUGGCGUGGUCAACGACAGCUACCUGGAUUGCGAAGACGAAUGGCCGAAGGCUGAAGGGUCGUCACACGAAAGUGAGGGCGAGGAAGACUUUGAGCCUUGCUUAAUGGGAAGAGCCAAGCAACAGAGGAAGGCGAUGAGGCGAGCGAUGUCCGAGUGUUCACACCUAUCUGUACCCGCCAGCCUCGAGCUCCCAGACAAGUAUCCCGGCGGAGGAGUCCUCGACAAUUUGCCGUCGCCCAUUGGAGGACCUCGUCGCCAGCACGCAGGGGCCAUGAAACGCUCUCUAACUGUUGCCGACGAUCAACCUCCGACCCCGCCGCCAUCACUAUCUGCUGGAGGCACCCGCAACGACCUACAUAACAUCGAACUACAUUUCCCCCCAUUCCCCGUACGCAAAGACCAAAGCAGCUUUCCCCACUCCCCUGUGGAGGACCUGUUGGAGGGACCAUUCAUUGACAAGGACCAAGGAGUCAUUUUACCCGUGCCGGUGACAACACAUGCCCUUAAUGGGACUGGAGACAAAACAGACACGAUUUCUAAGGCAUUUGAGGAGAAUCUGAGUUUAUAUAUGAAUGUGUUUUUUAACUGCUCUACUUGUUUCUUCAUACCAGAGAAGAACAAGCCGCAGGCGAACAAAAUAGACACUGUGCAGAAGAUUGAUGACUCCAAUGUUUUCAUCAAGACGGACAAAGAUCAGAAGAUGGAAACGGUGGAGGAGAAACACAAAACUAACCACACAGACGAACAGACAACCAUAGGAGAAAACACUGAAGCUCUGGACAAAAACAAAGAUGUGGGUAAAUCAGAGAAAACUGACAAGGAUGAAGCCGUUCACAAGGUAGAAUUGCCAGUGAAAGUUGAGAAGAUUGAACAAAAAACGACUAAAGAUGAGACUGAAGAAGCUGAUAAAAAGAUGGAGCUGAAGACGGAAGAAGUGAAAGUCGAGGAGAGCAAGUCAGAUCAGAAAGCGGAGAAAGAUAAAGAAGAACAGGUGAAGGAAGUGGAAAAGGAGAAAGCAGAACAGAAGACCGAACAACACCAAACAGAAAAGGACAAAGUAGAACAGAAAACAGAAAAGAUUGAGCCGACUGACAAGAAACCUGCCAAAGCUGAGAAGGACGAGAAAACCCAAAAAACAGCUGCUAAACCCAAAACUGCGCUGACCAACAGUGCUCCUGGAAAAGACCUGACUAGUCCUGAGAAGAAGAGCAAGCCUGUCACCAGUGCAACCAAACCUAGCUCUGCCAAGCCCCGGCUAAGCUCCGCCUCCAGUGCUACAGCCCCGCCCAAGCGUCCCACCCCCACCUCAGCACCCCUCAGCAAAAAAGCCCCAGUGCUCAAAGCAGCUGCCCCAGCCGCUGGCACCAAACGACCCCCCACAGCGUCCAGCACAGUGACCAGAGAGGUCAAGCCCAAGACGGCUGUCCCAAAGACCUCUGUCGCUCUGGCUCGACCCCCUGCAGACAAACCUGUGACCGCAGCACGCACUUCCACAAUAACCUCACGCACCACCGCUAGCGCAGCGGCAGCACGACGCCCCGUCACAAAGACUGAGAGCAAACCAGGAGACGAAAAGAAACCAAGCACACUGAAAACCACAGAUGCGUCCCGCUCUAAACCUGCGCAACUCAAAGCCUCCACCACAACAACAAGCAGCGCUCGCCCUCGCAGCACCAAGACCCCCGUCUCCAGCAGCAGCACAGCAGCAGCUGCACCUCGACCCGCCUCCACCUCCAGCACCACACCACGGCCCAGCUCCACCUCCACCUCCACACCGGCACACCACGCCAGAAACAUCCGCUCCAAGAUCGGCUCCACAGACAACAUCAAAUACCAGCCUGGAGGAGGAAAGGUCACGGUGUCUCAGAGCAGGACAGACGCUCAGAGCUCGUCCUCCAAAGAGACCAGCCAGGCCAAAGUUCACAUAGUCUCCAAAAAAGUGGACUACAGUCACGUGACUUCUCGCUUGGGCUCCAAGGACAAUAUCAAACAUGUUCCUGGUGGCGGGAACGUCCAGAUUCUCAACAAGAAGGUUGACUUGAGUAAAGUGACCUCAAAGUGUGGCUCCAAAGCCAACAUCAAAUAUAAACCAGGUGGAGGCGACGUCAAGAUCGAGAGCCGUAAGGUCAACUUUAAAGAUAAAGCUCAGUCCAAGGUGAGCUCGAUGGAUAAUGUCAAUCACGAGCCCGGAGGCGGGAAAGUUAAGGCUGAGGGGGUGCAGGAGACUGCUGAGGGCAGCGGGGCUCCCUCUAGUGGUGUUUCAGCAGGCCCUGCCCAAGAGAAUGGGCUGAAGGAGGGCGCCCCCUGCAGGAGUGAGGAGCUCCGGGACCCACAGGGUCUGGACUCACUCAUCCCUGAAACAAGCAUCUAACUCGACUUUUUGCUAUCACUCUGCCCUCUUCAUUUCCCCCCCGACCGCUUCCUCUCCUCCCCUUCUUUAUGUCCUGUCUUUCUCCACACUCUGUGAUGCAGAUUGAGUGUUUCAAGCUAAACUUCCGCGAG